AUGUACGCCACGAAUCCAAACCCGGAUAUGGCAUCCACCCAAACCGACAUCGAAAAAGCCAAACUCGCCAGACGGCAAGCCGAGUAUGCGAUUCUGACGGAUGCAUUGAGGAGGGGCAUCCCUGCCAUCUACAUUCCGUUUCUGGUAGCUGCUGCGUCGGCGCCUCGCUCGGUUCCUGUUCAUUCUGCAGAUAUGUCUACACAUGCGCGCGGUGGUGUCGGUACCGGUACCGGUGUCGGAGGGUAUGCUCUUGAGGAGACAGAGUGA